AUGGAGGAAUUGGGGAAGAGCGAAGGCUCAUGGUAUUCCUACCGCAGCCCUGCCCAUACCAACUCUGUGUCAGCUGCAGCUCCCAUUCCAGAGGCCUCCGUCUCACUCAUUCAUCUGAAGCCCUUACCAACAGCUGCUUCUGACCUCCUUGAUCCAGGGGCAUUUCCUGUGAUGCAGCGUCAGAUCCUGCCCUUCAAGGAGUUAUUUUUGCUAGUCUUCAGCUGCCUGGUGCUGUCCGUGCUGUCCACUAUCCAGGAGCACCAGGAACUUGCCAACGAGUGUCUCCUCAUCUUGGAAUUCGUGAUGAUUGUGGUCUUUGGCUUGGAGUAUAUAAUCCGCGUCUGGUCUGCUGGCUGCUGUUGCCGCUACAGAGGAUGGCAGGGCCGCUUCCGCUUCGCCAGGAAACCUUUCUGUGUCAUCGACUUCAUCGUGUUCGUGGCCUCGGUGGCAGUGAUCGCCGCGGGCACACAGGGAAACAUCUUUGCCACGUCCGCGUUACGCAGUAUGCGCUUCCUGCAGAUCCUGCGCAUGGUGCGUAUGGACCGCCGUGGCGGCACCUGGAAGUUGCUAGGCUCAGUGGUCUAUGCGCACAGUAAGGAGCUGAUCACCGCCUGGUACAUCGGAUUCCUGGUGCUCAUCUUCGCCUCUUUCCUCGUCUACCUGGCUGAGAAGGACGCCAACUCUGAUUUCUCCUCCUAUGCUGACUCACUCUGGUGGGGGACGAUUACACUGACGACCAUUGGCUAUGGUGACAAGACGCCACAUACAUGGCUGGGCAGGGUUCUGGCUGCCGGCUUCGCCUUACUGGGCAUCUCCUUCUUUGCCUUACCUGCUGGCAUCCUGGGCUCUGGCUUCGCCUUGAAGGUCCAGGAGCAGCAUAGGCAGAAGCACUUUGAGAAGCGCAGGAUGCCAGCAGCCAACCUCAUCCAGGCUGCAUGGCGCCUGUACUCCACAGACACAAGCCGAGCCUACUUGACAGCCACCUGGUACUACUAUGACAGUAUUCUCCCAUCUUUCAGAGAGCUGGCCCUCUUGUUUGAACACGUACAACGGGCCCGCAAUGGGGGCCUACGGCCCCUGGAGGUGAGGCGGGCGCCAGUGGCUGGGGGAGCGCCCUCUCGCUACCCGCCCGUUGCCACCUGCCACCGGCCGGGCAGCGCCUCCUUCUGCCCUGGGGAAAGCAGCCGGAUGGGCAUCAAAGACCGCAUCCGAAUGAGCAGCUCCCAGAAGCGGACAGGACCCUCCAAGCAGCACCUGGCACCUCCGCCAAUGCCCACCUCGCCAAGCAGUGAGCAAGUGGGUGAGGCAUCCAGCCCCAGCAAGGUGCAGAAGAGCUGGAGCUUCAAUGACCGCACCCGCUUCCGGGCCUCUCUCAGACUUAAGCCCCGCAGCUCUGCUGAGGAGGGCCCCUCGGAGGAAGUAGCUGAGGAGAAGAGCUACCAGUGUGAGCUCACGGUGGAUGAUGUCAUGCCUGCUGUGAAGACAGUCAUUCGUUCUGUCAGGAUUCUGAAGUUCUUGGUAGCCAAAAGGAAAUUCAAGGAGACACUGCGGCCGUAUGAUGUGAAGGACGUUAUCGAGCAAUACUCCGCAGGGCAUCUGGACAUGCUGGGGCGGAUCAAGAGCCUCCAAGCUCGGGUGGACCAAAUUGUGGGUCGAGGGCCUGGGGACCGCAAAUCUAGGGAGAAGGGCGAAAAGGGGCCUUCGGACACGGAGCCAGUGGAUGAAAUCAGCAUGCUGGGGCGCGUCGUCAAGGUGGAGAAGCAGGUGCAGUCCAUUGAGCACAAGCUGGAUCUGCUGCUGGGCUUCUACUCGCGCUGCCUACGCUCUGGCACCUCGGCCAGCCUGGGUACCGUGCAAGUACCGCUCUUUGACCCUGACAUCACCUCGGACUACCAUAGCCCUGUAGACCACGAGGACAUCUCCGUCUCGGCACAGACGCUCAGCAUCUCUCGCUCAGUCAGCACCAACAUGGACUGA